AUGGCCCGCAUCUCUGCAAUUCUCCUCGCCUCAUUUGUCUCUGCCGCUCUUGCGCCUGUCAUGGCUGCCCCAGCGCCGAUGUUGGCGACUACCGCCCCUGCUCAAGGGGACAAUGCAACGUCCACAGUCACUACUACUACGUCAGCGUCAGCCACUCUUCCUGUGACAACUCCUCUAGAGGUGGAAUGGCUUAGCUGA